UUCCAGUACCUCAAAACGCAGCAGUGGUUAAAUGAAGUGCUCCUCUGUUGUUGUACUGAACUUGGCUGUAGUAGUGUUAGGAUUUUUCACUCUCGCUUUUGCAAAAAUGUCCACCGAACGUCUUGCUAAAAUCCCAGAGGUUGAUUUAGAUCCCAAUGGCGUCUUCAAAUACGUCCUCAUACGGGUGCACAGCAAAGACGACGAUUCAUGUGUUGAUAUUGUGAGAGGAUACGCAUGGGCCGAGUAUCAUGCUGAUAUCUAUGACCGUGUGGCCGGAGAACUGGAGAGAGGUGGAGGAGUGGAUUGUGAAUGUCUCGGAGGUGGAAGAAUCAAACAUGACAGUGCUGCAAAAAAGAUCCACGUCUACGGUUAUUCCAUGGGAUUUGGGAGAGCAAAGCAUUCUGUUUCCACAGAGAAGAUAGAAACCCAAUACCCAGACUAUGAGGUGACCUGGGCGGAUGAAGGGUAUUGAAUGGGUUAAAUGACAGCUGCGUAUAAGGACGCUAUUUCAAACCUACCUGUCUUAACGUAGCAUUCAAGUCUUGAUGUGCCAAGGCUGAGAAAAAACAGAACUUUAAUGUCUGAUAAGACAUUUACUCCAAAACUAAAGGAGAGGCCUUUUUUUAAACUUCAUGUGUAGUUUAUCACAUGGCAACAAUGAGAAAGGAAUGCAAUUAUGUUUAUGGCCAUUGGUCUUUAAAUAUAGGAAAUGAUCAAAUAAAGCAGGUUAAGUACUUCAUCCAAACCAUAAAAUGUUAUAAAGUGCAACACUAACAUCCUGAAAUGAUAAUAAAGUCCAGAGAAGUGCUCUAAGAAAUUUCCAGAACUGCUUUUUUGUCAUUCAUUUAAGUUGGAAGAAAUGUUUGUAUGCGUCACAAUGAGGGAAAUAUCUUGUUAAAGCAAAUUACUGUGCUUAACUACAACAUAUAAAAUAUAAAUAUUGUGAUUUAAUGAUUUCUAAAGCACCAUGCUAUAAAUCUGGACCCUCAGACCUGAUCGGUGGUUGUAAACCUUGCCUGAUAAACUUGACGAUCCAUAUCCGUUUGUCAGCAUUUUUAAUAGAACAUGCCAUUAGGAGCACUGACUUUCUUGACUUGAAAUAUUACGACCUAACAACAUCCGGAGAAUGUUAUUAACAUUUAAAAACAGCUGCAUUAAGUCAGCACAUGUUUUUUUCAUUUCAAGCCUGAAGAUUAAAGUAGAGAUCUUCUUGUGUUAGUUGCAUUUCAAUUAUUUAGUGCAAAGAAAACAGCAAUGAAUUGCACAACAUAUUUAAUA